AUGGCAGAGCCUGAUGAGCCUCACUGCGAUUGGAGGGAGUCCUUGGCAGCCCUCCGAGGUCUUGUUGGUCCUCAUGCCUCAGAAAAGCAGCUGGAGAAUCAACUUAAACGCUUCUCCAACGACCCAAGAAAAGCUGCGAAUGGUUACUUUCGUUCAGCAUGUUCGUUGGGGCUCCCUUUCGACUUCGACCCCCGACCAUUGUCCAUACCACGCCGGGCUCCUUCAGUGUACCAGAGUAACGACGGCAGGCAGCCGCAGCAUGGGGCUGGCUGGCAGGAGCUGGAGCCACCAUUCUUCCCGGCGGCCUUUUUCCUGCAGGUAACGGACUGCAGAGCCCUGCUUGCCGUUUCCCACGAGCUUCAUGUCCGGGUGGCGCGCGACGAGGCGUUCUGGACGAGAGCCUUGCGGACUGUAUUCGGCGAGGUGCGGCCGUUAACUUGA